UGAACGCAUCGUUGACAAAAGAUGUGACGCUGCCUGCAACUGCAAUCAGUCCCCGUUCCGUUUUCACUUUCACCGGAACAAAGGAAAAAGAAAAGUGUGUGUGUGUGUGUUAUUGCAUUAUUGGCUCCUGCACCUACUACCGCCACGAAGCGACCCCGACCCGUUCCUCGUCGUCGUCCUCUUCGGAUCUUCGCUUCAUCCACACAACGUAAGCUCUCCGCCCUUCCCAGUUCGGCAGUUCCUCUUCUCAGUCAUGCUCUUCGACCGGUUGUCGCCGGUGACCAGGCGGUGCGAUCGCAUCCCUUUUUUUCUCUCUCAGGGGAGGGGCGGCGCGUAGAGGCACGCCGCCGAGCUUCGGGCAUCCCAUCUGACGCGACCGGUCUUCGGGCACGCCGCCGAUCGAGCUAUGGACGCGUCGAGCUCCCUGUCCCUCCUCGCACUGGUGACCAUGCUCAGCCUCCUCCACUCCGCCACGACCGACGCCGCCGCGGGUCUGCCGGCGGCGCGGACGAGCCACCGGAGGCUACUGCUGCUACACCAGCAGGACACCAACCUCGCCGCGCUGCCUCCGCCUGCACGCGUGCACGUCGUCCCAGUCGACGUCCACGUCCCUUCUCAUGGAACCGGCUCUUUUCCGGCAGCGUCUCCCGGUCCACACGGGGGCAAGAACGGUCCGAGUGAGGCAGCGCCAGCGACGCCGGCGACGGCGGCGGCCUAUCUGUCGAGAUCCAUGAGGUGGCUGUACAUGGUUGCGGUUCCGGCGGUCGCCCUGCUGGCGCUCGCUGGACUGGCGUGCUGGCUUCUGUGUCGCAAGAGCGCCGUUGCCACCAUUGGGCCUUGGAAGACCGGGCUCAGUGGCCAGUUGCAGAAAGCGUUCGUUACAGGAGUACCGAAGCUGCAGCGGUCAGAGCUGGAACGUGCCUGCGAGGACUUCAGCAACAUCGUGGUGAGCUACCCGCACUACACCGUCUACAAGGGAACUCUAUCGACCGGCGUCGAGAUCGCCGUGGUGUCCACCAUGAUCACGUCGAGCAAGGAGUGGACAGAGCAUUCAGAGAGCUGCUUCCGGAGAAAGGUAGACGCCCUGUCGCGAAUAAACCACAAGAACUUCGUCAACCUGCUCGGCUUCUGCGAGGAGGAAGAACCGUUCACCAGGAUGAUGGUGCUCGAGUACGCGCCGAACGGGACGCUCCACGAGAGCCUUCAUGCCGAGGAUUUCGAGCGCAUCGCUUGGCGAGGUAGGAUGAGGAUCGUCAUGGGACUAGCGUACUGCGUCCAGCACAUGCACGAGCUCAGCCCUCCCGUGGCGCACCCUGACAUGCAGUCGAGCUCCGUACUGCUAUCUGAAGACGGCGCUGCGAAGAUAGCGGACAUGAGCGUUUGGCACGAAGUGAUUUCUCAAGGCAAAACGACGACAAAUGGUGACGAACAAGCGUCGUCCGCUGGCCUGCUGGCGGGGAAUGUGUACAGCUUCGGUGCUCUGCUGCUUGAGAUCAUCUCCGGGAAGCUUCCGACUCCAUACCCCGCACACGAGCGCUCCCUGCAGAUGACCUCGGCUCUGGUGGAGCGCGUAACCAACGACGACCGGAGCGUAGCCUCGUUGCUUGAUCCAACGCUGGGUGGAGACCACAGGGAAGACGAGCUAGCGGUCAUCGGCGAGGUGAUCCGGGCCUGCAUGCAGAGCGACCCGAGGCGAAGGCCGAGCAUGAGGGAGGUCGCCGCCAGGCUGAGGGAGGCCGUGGGUAUCUCGCCGGUCGCUGCGACGCCGAGGCUGUCUCCGCUCUGGUGGGCCGAGCUGGAGGUCCUUUCCGCCGCGGAAGCAAGCUAAUAAUAGUGGGCGAGAGGACAGGACAGGAACAGGGCAGGAUGAUGUCGCGCAAUCUGACCAGUUUGUUCUCAAGAAAAAAAAGCCUUGCAGCCCUUUGUGCAUGCUGUAAAUGUGAAUGUGAAGCUGCAGGGAAGGAAUAGUAAUCCGUGAAUGUAAAUCUGAAACUCUGAAGGUGCUAGAUGUACGUAGCUAGUGUCUUGGCAAAGGUAUCAGUAAUUCAGUAUAAAGUCAGAGCAGCA